AUGGGGAACGUUGGAGCGGCGUUGUACCUCAAUGGGGUUGGUGGCCGCCACUUUGACACCUUCCUGAGUCUUCUUGGCGGCGGGGGUCAUGUAGUUUCGUUUGGUGCGCAGAAUGGCGUAGGCUUGAUGUUUUCUGGCUCAGGUCUUAUUUACAACGAGGCAACAAUGCAGAGGUUGUUCCUCCCGGCGUAUCUUGAGGGUCUCUCCUACAGCGAGCGUCAGAUACAACUAGAAUUUGUGUUUCAGCAACCUUAUUCCGUAGGCUUCCAAUACCCGACUGCUGUGGCCGCCUCCCUGGACAACCUGCCAAGUGUCUUGGAUGACGUCUUUGUGUAUGGAGGGAAAAAGGAUGUUGUAAUCGUGGGUAAAUAG